UUCGCCCUCACCAACCUCUGAUCCAAAUCUGUUCAUUUUAAGAGCCCCUGCUCUUUGGCAUUAUUUAGUGUUAUUUUAUACUAGUUUAUGACCAUCAAUUUAAAUAUUACAUUUUGUGCUUUAGUUCGGCUUGUGUUUAAUACCAAAAUGUGGUCUUUAUUUGACAAAAAGAUUACUUUUGUAGGUGCUUGUACGGAUGUUCCCCGUUUAUUGAUGCGUAGUUGAAGACAGUGAAUGAAGUCAGACUUUAUGGUAUUUAAUGUUACUGUGUUAAAUUUUCCAUAAUUAUAUUGGUGCCGAAUUAUGCUGGGGGUAGAAAUGAAUCGAUACUUUCCAAACGUAAAGUUGUGACUUGUAUAUUGUACCCGAAAAGUGGGGGCAAGUUUAAAUAUUCACGUUUUUAAUGGAGCGCGCCAUUGGGAGGCAGGGAAGGAGGAGGGGAUAGGCUGUAGUCGUCUCAUCCGUCCCCCAGGAGGCUCUGCUUCCCCGGCCCCCUUUGUUCCGUCUCGCCGGUGUGGGUUGAGUCAGUCACGGGGAGGCUGCGCUAAACCCCCCAACCAAAAAAAAAUAAAAAUAACAACAACAACAACAAAAAAACACUACGGAGAGAACCGACAAGAGAGGGGGCGAGGGGGAGAAAGAGCCCCGGAAGGAAGUCACGGGUAGACGGGUGUCGCCUUUUGGGGAAGAUAGGAAGAAAGAAAAGUUGCUUCUGAUGCGUUCGGGGUGGCAGGGGGUGGGGGGAAAGUCGAACAGACGGUUUGCGGGCUGCUGUAAAGACACCUCGGGGAGAUUAAGGGCGCUUUUCGUUUUAGGGAAGCUAAGUGCUAGCCGGGCGGACGGAUCCACGCGGCUGACUCUCCCUUUCUGCUACCCAAGCAUCCAUAUUUGCAUCCCCGCCAGCCCAGGGAGUGGCAUCCUCCCUUUUCCCUGUGAGGAAUAUUCCAAGUGGCUCCCCUUGAUAUCUGGACCCGCGUGACUCAAUCUGUAAAACAUGGAGAGAGACGGUCACCCCCUCCUGGUUUAGUGCCUUCACCGCCGUCUUUUUAAACCAUGAACAUGCUCAAGUCCAGCGGGCUGAAGAUUCCCGGGCGCGGGCCCAAACAUUCCAGCCCGAUGGGAAGGAGUGGAACGUCAAGCUCCCCCGUGCCCCCUAAAGACAAUACUCCAGUCAAGCCCAGCACGCCGCCCAAAGCGUCCGAGGAAGGCGACGAGGUGGCGGGCGACUACACGGUGGGCGAGCAGGUGUGGGUGAACGGCGUGAAACCCGGGGUCAUCGCCUACCUCGGGGAGACCCAGUUCGCCCCGGGCCAGUGGGCCGGAGUCAUCCUCAACGACCUCCUGGGCAAGAACGACGGCUCGGUGGGCGGCAUCCGGUACUUCGAGUGCCAGCCCCUGCAGGGCAUCUUCACGCGGCCCUCCAAGCUCACCCGCCAGCCGGUGGCCGAGGGCAGCGACAGCCUCUCCACAGAGUCGCUCUGUGCCCACAAUCAGACCCUGCAAGGCGGCGGCGGCGGGGGCUGCCCAGUCGGGCAACGGGCGGCGGUGCCGCUCCGAGACGGCUUGCUCAACAGCGCCAUCAAGACGGGAAAUGAGUCCGGGUCCAACAUGUCUGACAGCGGAUCUGUGAAAAAAGGCGGCGACAAGGACCUAAAGGCUGGAGAUCGGGUUUUGGUGGGAGGCUCCAAGAUGGGUGUGAUCCGUUACAUGGGGGAGACGGACUUCGCCAAGGGGGAGUGGUGCGGUGUGGAGCUUGACGAGCCUCUCGGGAAGAACGAUGGCGCUGUGGCUGGUACAAGAUAUUUCCAGUGUCUUCCCAAGUUCGGGCUGUUCGCUCCCAUCCACAAGGUGAUCCGCAUCGGCUUCCCGUCCACCAGCCCGGCCAAAGCCAAGAAGACUAAGCGCAUGGCCAUGGGCGUGUCGUCGCUGGCCCACAGCCCCAGCAGCUCGUCCAUCAGCUCCGUCAGCUCGGUGGCCUCGUCGGUGGGCGGACGACCGAGUCGCGCCGGACUGCUGACGGAGACGUCGUCGCGCUACGCCCGUAAGAUCUCCGGCACCACCGCCCUGCAAGAGGCGCUGAAGGAGAAGCAGCAGCACAUCGAGCAGCUGCUUGCCGAGCGCGACCUGGAGCGCGCCGACAUGGCCAAGGCCACCAGCCGCAUCUGCGAGGUGGAGAAGGAGCUCAGCACCCUCAAGUCGCAGCACUUGCAGUACGUGUCGGAGAACGAGGGCGCCCUGCAGCAAGUCACAGCCGCCUUGGCCGGCGUGCAAAAAGCGAAGGUGGAGCUAGCCAAUCAGCUGGAGGAAGAGAAAAGGAAAGUGGAGGACCUCCAGUUCAGAGUGGAAGAGGAGUCCAUCACCAAAGGAGACCUGGAGGGAAGAUGCAAACAUGGCUCAGCAUCCUUGGGGUUGGGUAAGAGGACCAAGCAAACCACGGUGGAAGAGCAGAGUCGCAUCAUGCAGCUGGAGGAGGAGCUCAGCCGAACCAGGGCCGAGAUGAAGACCCUCAGGGUUCAGCUGCCGGAGCUCGACGCGGCCACCCGGGAGCUGGGCAUCGCCGCCGCUCAGGCGUUCAACUCCGAGUCAACGACGGCGGCGCUGGCGGCGAGCCGACAUGAGGCGGAGGAGCUGAAAUCGCUGGCGGAGAAGCAGAACCAGGAGAUCGCUGAGCUGAAGCUGAAGGUCCAGCAAGCCACCAAGGAGAACAUGGAUAUGAUGGAUGCCUGGAAGGCUAAAUUUGACUCUUUAGUGAGCGACCACCAGCAGUCCCUGGAGGAGCUGAAGGCCUCGUUCUCCGGCAACCAGUUAACGCCUGAGGGCCAAGAGCCGGGCAUCCAGGAGCUGCGGGCCCCCCUAGAGAGCCUGAAGAUGGAGCACCAGCUUGAGGUGGAGAACCUCAAGGCCAAGUACAAGAUCGAAACCGCCAUCCUCACCAAGGAACGCGAGGACCUCUGCGCUCGCCUCCAGGAGGCCAAGGACCACACCGGUAGGGAGGUCUUGGAGGACACCGCCGACAAACUGCAGAGGGCCGAGAAGGGGCUGGCGGAGAUGGAAGCGCUUCAACGGGAGCGCGACAGAAGAGCCCAGGAGCUGAGGGAACGACUGGAGCUGUCCGAGAGGAAGGUGUCCGACUACCGGGCCUUGCAGGAGGUCAGCCAGGAGGAGGUACAGAAGCUGCAGGAGAAGCUGAGAGUGACGGCCAAUCAGCUGCAGGCCAUCCAGUCUGACCGCGACGCAAACGUGAUCGAAGAUAACCACCUAUCAGACGAGAAGGGGAAGCUAAAGCAGAACAUUGAAGAAACCAUGGAGAAGCUGCUAAAAAGGGAAAAAGAGGUUUCAACCCUCACCUCCCAAGUUGAAGCCCUCAAAUCUCAAAUUGGAGUUCUGGAGGGCAAAAUUCGUACAGUGGAAAGGAAGGCCGAAUUCCUAGCCCGGGAGAAGGCGCGCAUGGAAGCGGAGCUUGAAUCCAUGUCCAGAAAGUCCCAUGAUGCCUCUGGGCAGUUGCUUAGCAUCAGCCAGGAACUGCUGAAGAAAGAGAGAAACCUGAAUGAGUUGAGGGUUUUGCUCUUGGAGUCACGUCGCCACUCUCGUGAGAUGGACAAAGACCUCAACCGUGAGUUCCGCAAGGCCGAGUGGAAAGUGAAGGAGCAAAAACUGCAGGACGAUAUCAAGACGCUGCGUGACAAACUCCUCGUGCUGGGCCGCGAGAGGUUCUCCCCGGACCACCGCCGUCACUCCAUGCUAGACCCCUCGGCUCUGGACUCUGAGGUGACACGCCUUCGCCAGCAGCUACUCAGCACUGAGGACGCCCUGAGGACGGCCCUGGAGCACAACCAGCAGGUGGACCAGCUGGUGCAGGCCAUGGGCAAGCAUCCAGAGAAAAACCUGAUGCACGGAGCCCACAAGUCAGCCAACGGAAUUCACCAUCAGGAGCCUGACAGCACUCAAGAUGAACAGCACUGAUACGAGCUGAGGAAGCGUCAACUGGGACUCGCAGAAGAACGUCCGAUUCUGCGGCGGACAUCUAAAGUUGAUACCGAAUCACGCAUGGUCGCUGAAAAAGCACCUAUUAGCCAGUCGCAAGGACCAAGUACUGUAAAUGAAACGCCUCUUGGAAUUCUCGAGAGAAAUUACCCCCCUGCGACUUUCUUUGUUUUACAGUACUGUAGAAGGAAUGCCUUGAGUCCAAGAACUUACCACUGGGACACCUUUUUUUUUUGUUCUUUUAUUUAUUACUUUGAAAUAAUUUACCAAGUGACUCAAAGAGAUAAUAAAAAGAUUCCCUCGUGGUUUAA